UUGGUCCUGACACACCUGAGCUCCCUGGGCAUCCUGUUGUCCCUGGUCUCUCCCUUGGAGCCACUUUGUCUAGCUAGACACACUUGCAUUUCCCAGUACAGGUCUGAAAAGAUGCUGCCCUUGGAGAAGGCAUUUGCCUCCCCCAGGACCUCCCCGACCCCCCCGGAACUGCCCGCACCAGGGUCAGCUGGUGGAGGAGCACCAGGGUCAGCUGCUGGAGCACAGCAGGAAGAACCGGGGAAUAAAACUCCCACUGAGAGAACUCCUGCCGACCUUGAGUUCUCUCGCCUGCGCUUCCGGGAAUUUGUCUACCAGGAGUCUGCUGGGCCCCACCAGACCCUAGCCCGCCUCCAUGAGCUGUGCCGCCAGUGGCUGAUGCCCGAGGCACGCUCCAAGGAGCAGAUGCUGGAGCUGCUGGUGCUGGAGCAGUUCUUGGGCAUCCUGCCAGACAGGGUUCGGCCCUGGGUGGUGGCGCAAUAUCCCGAGAGCUGCAAGAAGGCGGCCUCCCUGGUGGAGGGCCUGGCUGACAUGCUGGAUGAGCCAGGGAUGCUGUUGGGUUCCCCUGCUGGGUCCUCAGUGAUGAGCGAGGGUGUGUACGACAGGUAUCCUGAGCCACUGCUGUUUCCAUUUGGGCCAGUGAGCCCCACCCAGGACCUGGGAAUUGGGGAUCCCCUGUGCCCUGCUGUGACUCCCUGGCUCUCCAUGGAACCCCUGCUUCCGGAACUGGGGAGCAUCGGAGAAAUAAAGACUGAAGAGGCAGACCCUUCCAAAGCCGAGCAGAAGAAACUGAAGGCCUUUCUAGAGGAGCCUCUGCGGCAGGAGGGGUGGGGCCACCUGGACCCUGCCCAGGAGAACCUGAAGAGCUAUAGGAAGCUGCUUCUGUCAGGGUAUCAGCUUUCCCAGCCUGACACUACCUUCAGGCUGGACACGGAGGAACUUCAGUUGGAGAGAGAGGAGAGUGAGCCAGCAGCAGGCAAACUCCCAGGCAGUGGGAGGCAACAGGAAGGCACAGGGGGCGUGAGUGAGGACAUCUCCACCCCUGAGAUGCAGACAGAGGGGCCUGAGGGGGACUGUCCUGCCAACCCCUCUGGCACCACUGAGAAAGAGGAAGAGGAGCAGCCAUAUAAGGUUCCAGAUCCUCAGGACAGGGAGUCAAGCCCUGUCUCUGAAGGUCAGGGAGAUUCAAUCAUCCAGAACCCAGCGCUGGACGAGGGCCAGGCCAAGCUGGCUGCCCCCCAUCAGGGCUUGGGAAUGAAGAGGCCCUACCCUGAGGAUGAGGAAGGGCAGGGCCCAGAGCCCGAAGGGGCAAGCAUGGAGCCCGACGUAGCUGGGCAGGACCCUGGCACCUCAGCUUCAGGCUGCCCAGUGGCUGACAAACCCAGCAUGCCCCGGGGGAAGCCCUAUGCCUGCAGCGAGUGUGGGGAGGCCUUUGCAUGGAUCUCCCACCUCAUGGAGCAUCACAGCAGCCAUGGAGGAAGGAAGCGCUUUGCGUGCCAGGGCUGCUGGAAGACCUUCCACUUCAGCCUGGCCCUGGCUGAACACCAGAAGACCCAUGAGAAGGAGAAAGGGUAUGCGUUGGGGGUGGCCCCAAGCCCCCAAUCUGCUGUGUGCGAGGCUCAGGUUGAUGGCAAGGCCCAUGAGCCUCCAGAGAGCGCAGAGGGUGAGGUGUGCCCUGGGCCACCCGAAGAGGCAGAGGCACAGAGGUGAGCCUUCCUGCUAUGACGGUUGUGGGUGAGCAGCCAGCGGGGAAUGGUGGCUCCCUGUCGUGUCUGCUUGUUCUUCAGUGGGCUCUUGUGGCUGAAGCACAUGAACAGGAAUGGUCACAGGACGCCUCCUCCUUUCUGAAAACCCCUGGGCAGAUGCCAACAUCUGAAUGUGAAGAUGCCACUUUCCUCUGCAGCCCUUUUAGCACCACCCCACACUAGGUCAUUGACACUUUACAGUGUAGGUUGCCACAAUGUGUGUGGUCUGCCAGUGCUUUCUUGAACUCACCCUUAUGGCAGUGCCUCCUGUGUGAGAUCCCCAAGGCUGUACAUGUGGAAGUCCUGUCAGCUGUUUUAGCCUUUUUGUAAGUGUGUGACUGUCAAAUUCACUUCUGAACCCUCAAAAGCAGAAACUGUUUUCUAGUUUAACAGCUCGUAUUUACUUGUGUGGAGUAGCUUACAAAGAUCACAAAAAUGCUUGCAGCCUAAUAGUACAGGAUUUUCAGACCACAGGUCUCACCCCAUUAUUGAAUUAUGAAAUCCAAUUAGUGGGUGGCCACCAACAUUACAAAGCAGUAAAGUAGAAUAAAGUAGGUUAAAGGCAUCACAUAGUAAAGGCAAAUACUGUUUUGUGAAACUUGUCAGCCAUACAUCUAAACAUGAGAACUGGUUGCAAUGUAAAAUGUAUUUCUUACUAGGGGGUUAUGAUCAAAAUAGUGGUCUGUCUGCCUGAGCAAAGGAAACUAAACUCCUUGGGCUAUAGAAGGUGAUCUUUUGAUUUCUUGCAUUUAUUCUCAGAUUACAGCAUUGUUCCCAUUGCCUGAUCAUAAAUUUAAUUGCUUCCUGUAGAUAGAUAAAUGGGUGUCUCUUUCUGUCACUGUGUUUGAGCAGGCAAUCUGUUGUAAAGAUCCCCAGAUCACAGAGGCUUAACAUAAUAAAUAUUUAUUCACUCA